UUAAUAUUUUCUUCAUGAAUAAAAUUGUAUAAGAUAUUCUACAACAUUUCAUUUAUCAAAUCAUCUUUUGAUUAAACGCGAGAAAAGAAUAUCGGAAUGGUAAAUGAAACAAAAUUUUGGGAUGAAAUUCGAAAAGACCUACCACGAUAUAAAAAGAGAAAACCCAGAGUUGUUCCUGCUUUCACCAUUCAAGCUUUACAGGAAAACACUGUAGUUAAAAAACCUCCUCGAUAUGAAUUGUAUAAACCUCAACCACCUAAACCAUCAACUUUUCGAAAAUUCUAUGAAUGGGGCGUAUUUCCAGUUGCAUUGGAAAAGGAUAAAUAUGGGACAAAACUUAGCUGGAAAGUUAACAUCGAGGAUUUAGAUUUUCAUCAUUAUUUACCGUUAUUUUUUGAUGGGUUAACAGAAACUGAACAACCGAUUAAGUUUAUAGUAGAACAGGGAAUAUCUGACAUGUUAGAACACGGUGGUCCUAAAAUUUUACCUGUUGUGCCACAAUUAAUAAUUCCUAUUAAAAGUGAUUUUUCUUUUUAUUCUAAUAAAAGAUUUUGCAAACUGUAUAAAAUUAUGUUUAUACGAUUUUAUAAAUUCUUGUUUAUUGUAGAAGCCUUAAAUACAAAAAUGCCAGAAAUUAUGUGUACAACACUGAGAGCUCUUCAAAAUCUUGUACGUUCAACAGAUUGUGUUGGAGAAGCUUUAGUACCGUAUUUUAGACAAAUUUUACCAGUGCUUAAUUUAUUAAAAGAUAGAAAUGUGAAUCUUGGAGAAGGUAUCGAUUACUCACAACAAAAGGGUGAAAACGUCGCAGAUAUAAUACAAGAAACUCUUGAAUUACUUGAAAUAUAUGGAGGUGAAGAUGCUUUUAUAAAUAUUAAAUAUAUGAUUCCUACAUACGAAUCUUGUAUGAUGAAUUAAAUAAUACCUAUUUAUAUUGUCCACUAAUUAUCUA